GCAAACUAAGUUAUGAUUUGGAAAGUUUUAGGAAGUCUUUUAUUGUUGAAGUAUGGAAUUACGCUGAGCCAGUUUUUGUGGUUAAUGUGUCGAUUAUAUGUGUUUCCAAAAUGGGGUUUUAAAAUUGAUUUAAAAAAACUUGGAAAAUGGGCAGUUAUUACUGGAGCUACUGACGGUAUUGGUAAAGCUAUUGCAAAACAGUUGGCAAAGCGAGGAUUGAAUCUUGUUCUAAUAAGUCGAUCAGAAGAAAAACUCAAAUCAACUGCUAAAGAAUUUGAAUCAUUAGGUGUAGAAGUUAAAACGGUACAGUUUGAUUUCAGUAAAACUGAAGGUUAUGACAAAAUUCAAAAAAUAUUGGUAAAUUAUGACAUUGGUGUUUUAGUAAAUAAUGUUGGCAUAAGUUAUGAUCAUCCUGAUUAUUAUUUACAGAACUCAGAUGACUUUUAUGAAAGUUUGGUUAACAUAAAUGUAUUGAGUUUACUUAAGAUGACCAAAAUCGUUCUGGAAGGAAUGGUGUCAAGAAAAAGAGGACUUAUUGUUCAUGUUUCUUCACUAUCUGGUCUUUCUCCGACACCAUUUUUAACAGUUUACAGUGCUUCUAAGGUCAUGGUAAACUUUUUUGGACAAGCUCUGGAUGCAGAAUACAAAAAUCAGGGUGUUAGUAGCCAGGUUAUCACACCAUUUUUCGUUGCAACCAAACUAUCAAAACUACGUGCUAAUGGGCUUUUUAUACCAAGUGUAGAAGCGUACGCAGCUCAAACAGUUAAUGCAAUGGGUUUGAGUACUACAAUGAUGGGGUUUUGGAGUCAUGAAAUAAUUAACUUUGUAAUUUCGUUACUUCCUCAAAGUAUUGUCAAUCGCGAAAUCUUUAAAAGCAUGAAUGGUCUUCGAAAACAAUGGUUAAGCAAGCAGCAAGAAAAACGAGAAUAAGCAUCUAACUUUAAGAUGUAAAAACUCAAAAUAUUAUAAUAUGAAUUUAUACUUGUAUUAUGAUAUAACUGAGAAGAACAAAACUAAUUUUUUU